AUGUUGUCGCUGAUCGUCAUCCCCUCUCAGGACACUUUGGUCCGUUUGAACACUAUGCAGGCGACGCGACGUCUCACCAUCCACCACCUUCCUGCCGAUGUCAUUCUUUUCAUCUUCAGGAGCCUCUACGAUAGCUUGCACGAGAUGAAACAGAACUACGACAUUAGGCUAUCCCAUCAAACGAUAGCGGAAGAAGACGUCUCCUGGGACACGCGUGACCCCACCUUCUGGCGCUGGAAGGAUGAACACGUCUUGAUGCCAUCCAUCUUCCCGUACGCAUGCGCGCGCGUAUGCAUGCAGUGGCGCGACCUUAUCGCGGGCGUCUCGGCGUUCUGGACGCGUGUCAUCAUUAUUUUGGAUGCGCCGCAUUUCAGCGCUUCUUGGGUCCGCUGGCUUCUUGAGCGGUCUAGGAACCAUCCGAUCCAGGUUUGGGUCACCCGCAUGAACAAGCAACCUAAUCCUGUGAUUGGGGAUGGCUCUGUUGAGGAACGUGUCAACGUCAAGAUGGCGUUGGAAUGUCUUCAACCACACUUGGUGCGCUGCCGGAUGCUGUGCUUCAAUGUCCUCUGCCGCUCUUCUAUCGUCGCCGCGUGUUACCGCCUCAGCGGGGAGGCGCCCGCACUCAGGUCCCUAGUGCUGAACUCGAGGGUCACCGAUACGGUCGCGCCGAGCUCGCGUCUCCGUCACCUCACGUGCAACCUUACCCACCUGACGGUCGACGCGAAGAGUUUCACUGACAUCCGCAAAUACCGCGACUGGGGCGGACUUUCUGCCUACGCAUCCAGACACCUAUCCAUCAGGAUCACAGCUUACACCCUCUCAGACGGCCCCACCUCCUUUGUAUCCAUGAAAAGACUCAUACUGGCGCUGCGUAGGAUGCCACGGUGCGACUCCCUCACUAUAAAAGACGUCUGCUUCAGACCCACCGACACCACGGCCAACGAUCUCGGCGUCGUGCUCGGCAUUGAUCUGCUCAAUUUCGAGAACCUCGAAGGCACGGCAGUGCGUGACUUCUUCGCGAACACAAUCACACAUCCAGAGUCCACCUCCAUUACGCGCUGCUCGCUUGCCGGCGAGUGGACGAACCCUGUCGAGGGCCAGGACCUCGCCUUCAUCGACAUCGGCGCGGACGAGAAGACGGCGCUCGCGGGCGCGCUGCGCUACUGGGACAACCAGUUCCUGCACUUUGUGCGGUGUCCCGCCGUGGACGACGCUUUCCUGCUGGACACGGUCGCCCAGCUUCCGGAGCUGUCCAUUCUGUAUCUCACAGAAUGCGAGUUCACGCCUGGCGUGCUUAGGACCAUCGUCGAGCGACGGGCUGCCGACGAGAACCUGUCGAGGAUGACUGAGUUCGAGGUUGCGUGCCCAGGCGUCGAGAUGCCCCAGGAUCUGCGCGCAUGGGCCAAGGCAGUGGACAUGCCGUUGCUCUGGUCAGCGCAUAGGCCCAGUCCGGGGUACGAUUAUGAUGGGUACUUCCGUGGUGUUCGGCCGGAGGAAUGCGAUGAUGAGGACUUCUAUAGCUACUUGAAUGAGGAAUGAGUGGCUGCACAUUCGGUGCGCGGCACGCUCGUGGAAACCAGGAAACGCGAUCAGUGCUUUGCCACCACCUUUUUUCUCUAGCAAAGUAGACCCGCGCAUGCUUAUACCCGUUGUUUGCUCUCAUCUGCCCCCCUGUAUGGCCCGUAUUGCGUAUUUGAGUCUACGUUAUUACAGCUUCAUGAUGAUAUGUAUGUCGUGAUCGUUUAGUAUCAGUUAUUACUGGAGUCUCCC